AUGACAGAGUCACGCCUUACCCGGGGAUUUUUCCAGGGUCCCAUCACUUCACUCGCAUUCUUCAAGGAUGCAGAGUAUCUUCUCGCUGGCGAGGAUACUCAUCUAGCCCUCCAUGAUCUACGACUUGGGCAUGCUGUCCGUGUAGGCAGUGUCCGCGUCUUCUCAGCCCAGCCUAUUCAUGGAAUUCGUCUAUUGAGCAAUGGAAGGGCACUCGCCUGGGGCGCCGCGCAGAUCGCUGUUAUCUCGAAUAUUGAGAGUCUUAUUGAUGGAUCAGAUGACUCAGUGGUGGUGAACAAGACUGCUGCUCCAGAUUGGGUCUACGAUGUUGCGCCGUCACCAUACGAUGACUCUUCGGCGGUUCUUGCCACAGCUCAUAACGAGGUUGUUCAUCUGAAAUUGAACGGUGAGGAUGCUCCUGUUAUUGGUGCUGUUGUCUCGCCUUCACGACCGAUUCUUUACGCUGCGAGAUUGAAAUGGCUAGACCAAGACUUUGUCCUCAUGGCGGGCGGUACCAUCUUUGGCGAGAUUUUGGUAUGGCGAUGUCAUGUUUCAGAGAGCCGAUCUGAACUUCUCGCCAUUCUCAACGGCCACGAAGGAUCCAUUUUUGGUGUUGAUAUCUCAGAAGAACUACCUUGCGAGGAUGGGUCGACGUUGAGGCUUAUUGCCAGUUGCAGUGAUGAUCGUACGGUGAGAAUCUGGAAUAUUACCGGACAAGAAGGAGGACACGAGAAGAAGCACGACUUCGCUGCACCAAGAGAGACUGGCUUCGGAUCAAAAGCAGGUCUGGAUGAGGGUCCUAGGGCCGAGGAGCUGCGACCUGUUGCGACUAUUAUGGGCCAUUUGUCGAGAAUCUGGGGUAUCAAGUUUGCUACUCUGACAGAAGGGCAGACACUACCGAAAGCCCCUAUGUCCCUUUACUCCUUCGGAGAAGACUCUACCGCCCAAAGGUGGCAGCUCAAGAUCGAUAUCUCGCCAGAGAAGGUAUCCGGAUCUUUAAAGCACAUCGAGACAUAUGCUGUGCAUGAUGGCAAGCAUCUCUGGGCACACGCUGUGGUCAACCGAGGAGACCAAACACUCAUAGCGACGGGAGGAGCUGACAGCAAGAUCUCGCUCAUCACCCAACCUGCGUCUUUGACAACUUCUGGGUCAACAUCGAUAGACGAAUUGAAGGGACUUGACUUCCAGGAUGUUGCAACCGUUUUGCCGAGUCUUCGCGAGCUCAAGCCUCUCCGCGCAAAAGAAAUAUUCAGCCGUUACGAUUUCAUCUCUGAUGAUCGUGUGUUGGUGACGACGAAUUGGGGGCGGCUCCUUGUGGGUGUUUUACAACCACAUCUCGAGUGGGAGGAAAUCGAGCUGGAGGAAGAAGUGAACGCUGAGUUUCAAUCAUGCUAUACACUCAAGACGAUUGGCGAGGGAGCAGCUAUCCUAGGAACGACCAGCGGCAAGUUAUACUAUUACUCUGAAGCCCAAGGAGUUACACUUAUAGGCUCUGUGCCCGGCAAGAUUUUCAACAUCUCAAUAUUAUCAACUACUGGCGAAGGACCUACAGAGCUUAUUGUUCACCUCCACGGCACUUCGGACUCCCAGUAUUUCUCUAUCGAUUGGCGCACAGGGACUGUGGAAGCCACGGCAGAUAUCCGUGGCAUUGACAAGAGAUUCGUUGCCAUCUCUGCCGCCCGCUUCAGGAGUGACCUGAUCGCCAUCGGAUCACGACACGGCUUUAUCUCAAUAUUGAGACAGACUGGCAAUGAAUUCCGUCCUAUUUUGGACUUCAGGUUCAACACACGAGACGCCAUCACCAGCCUGGUCCCUCUGCCAACUACCGAAGGACAAGAAGCACCUCUAUACUUCCUGGCUACAAGCCGAGAUACCAAGUACAGAAUCUACGAAAUCGAAGACCUUGGCGAGGAAGUCCGCUUGCACCUCCAGCAUGAAGUCGCUGCCCCUUCUGGUGCAGACAUAGAAGGGGGUUGGUUCACACAAGAUGCGUCCCCCGAAUUGAUCUUGUACGGCUUCAAGAGCAAGAACUUUAUCGUCUGGAAUGAAACACGACGCGAAGAGAUCGCUUCGAUUGACUGUGGAGGUGCUCAUCGGACAUUUACCAUUGCACAUGAUCCUGUUGACCACAACAAAGUUCGCUUUGGAUACACGAGGGUCAGCAAACUUUACAUCUUCUCGCAGCACACGCCGAUGCACCGACCGCUCAGGUAUGGAACACACGGCAGAGAGAUUCGGGGUUUGAGUGCAAAUGGCCGAUACAUUGCGACCGGUGCGGAAGAUACAACUGUGCGCAUCUGGGAGUAUGAGGAUCAAGAGUCAGGAAAGAAGGACACUGGACUACGAUGUGUCGCCUCUACAAAGCUACAUAUCUCAGGUUUGCAAAAGAUCCACUGGGUUGGAGAUGACUACCUUCUCAGCAGUGCUGGCUUUGAAGAGUUCUUCGUGUGGUCAGUUCGAAGACUAGACUCACAGUACAAAGGACUCGGUAUCCUGUGCGAAGGUAUUCUUGACGACAAGAGUCCUGCCGCGGAUCUUCGAAUCAUGGACUUUGACGCUUGCAAGGACGCCAACGGAAAUAUCAUCAUCACCAUGAUCCUGUCCAACUCGACCUUGAAAACAUACCGAUACACUCCAGGAAAGGGCUUCCAUCUUCUGGCUCGCAUGUCGUACACGGGAGCUUGCUUGACACAGAUUCGCUAUCUCGGGGUGGACGAAAAGGGCCUUUCGGCACUUACAGCUUCUACCGAUGGACAUCUGACUACUUGGGAAGUGAACUUUGAUGAGCCCCUGGUAUCCAGUCAUGUGCUUGUCCAAGUCGCCCCCGUGCAUCAAAGCAGCAUCAAGUGUCUUGAUCUCCACCCCACCCCAGAGGGCUUCUUGGUUCUUACAGGUGGCGAUGACAACGGUCUCGGUGUCACGACCCUCGCCGCCAUGUCAAACGAGUCGGGUAACCGCAGAUACACAACCUCGAGCCGUGGAAUAGUGCGCAAGGCCCAUGCAGCAGCGAUCAACGGUCUUGUGCUUGUGCAACGCGAGGCGGAAACAUUCGGCAUCACUGUCAGCAACGACCAGCGCGUCAAGGUCUGGAGUGUACAGCCUGGCAAGGUGAAGCUGGUAGCUGAUGCGUAUAGCGGUGUUGCUGAUCCUGGCGAUAUCGCUAUCGUGGGAGAGAGUGAUGGUGAGAAGCUCAAGGUCGUGCUUGGAGGAGUGGGUGCUGAGGUCUGGUCAUGGUGA